CACUCUCUAACCACCAUUUUUAUUUUUCUCUCUUCUUUCCCACAUUCCGCUAACCUCUCUUCACCUUUCUCAAUGCUAACCCUAGUUACAACCUCAACCUCUGGUCUAGUUUGAAUCCACAUUGCUUUUUUUACUUAACCAAACCCUAACCGAGAAACCCUACCCACCGCCCAAAGCCAUUGUUGUCUGUUUGUGAGCGAUGAUUAGGGUUAAUGGGAGGUUUAUUAGAAUAAAAGAUGAAAGAAGAAGAAGGAAUGGAAGAAUCACAAAUGUCAAAUGAAGCAGAGAGUGUGAAGUGUGCUGAUCAAAUAUCCUUGCUAAAAAUAGAAAAAAGAAAAGCCAACUUCAAAGAAAAGAACCAGGCUAUUAUUCAACCACCCACCCACCUCUCAGCUUCCCAGCUUUCUCUUUAAACACCCACCCAUUUCGUGAUUGACCAGCGUCUAUCACCGGGAGUGUUUCGAUCUGAGCAAAGGCAGAGAAAGACACUGAAAUCCAAACAUACAAACAGUCUGAUACUUUAUCUUUUUCCGUUUCUUUUAUAUAAGGAAGGUGAUAAGAGACAAAAAGAAAACGAAGGGUGGUUGCUGUAAGACUAAUGAUGAUGAAACAAGAGGCGAGUCAUGAAAAAGCCGAGGCAUGUGUUUGGAUGACCGGUGGAGAGGGUGUUGCUGCGGAGGGGGACAAGGCCCGUGAUGGGUCGGAUCGGGGCUGUGUAACCCGUAGUCGUGAUCUUGUUGCUGUGGUUAGUUUUGGUGUCAUAAGGAAGAAAAGGAUGCCCAGACAGAGGAGACCAUCUUCUUCUAUUAAUCACCUUUUCUCUCUUCCUACCGCUUUCACCACCACCACCACUUCGCACGCGUCUUCCUCCUCUUCGCAUCACCUUUCCACUUCCCCUGCACGUGUUAUUGAUCAAAGGAGAUUGAGUUUCCUCUUUCAAAAGGAACUUAAGAACAGUGAUGUAAGCUCCCUGAAGAGGAUGAUACUCCCAAAGAAAGCAGCAGAGGCACAUCUCCCUCUCCUCGAGUCGAAAGAAGGAAUUUUUAUCAGCAUGGAUGACUUGGAUGGUAUGCAUGUUUGGAGCUUCAAAUACAGGUACUGGCCUAAUAACAAUAGCCGAAUGUAUGUACUUGAAAAUACUGGAGAUUUCGCUAACACGCAUGGAUUACAACCAGGAGACUUUAUUAUGGUGUAUAAAGACAAUCUAAAUCAGAAUUACGUCAUUCAGGCUAAGAAGGCUUCGGAUGAAGAUGUAUAUGCAAAUAUAACUCUGACUGAAGUUGACGAUAUCUUUCUUCAUGAUUUCAAGGAGAUUAAUAAAUCCAGCUUCUUUAACAUGAAUUAUCCAAUAGUAGACAAUACUGGGUUAUCGUUUAUCUAUGACAACACUACCUUCUCCGACGAUUCACCACUUGAUUUUUUGGGUGGAUCACUGACUAACUAUUCAAGAAUUGGACAUAUGGAAAGCUUUGGAUCUGUGGAGAGCUUGUCGCUGGACGAGUUCAAUUAGUGUAUUUUACUAAUAAUGUUUAUUAAGGUAAGUGCAUUUUGUUGAACAAACAUGGUAUGCACUGCCUGAAAGUAUAAGAAUGGAGGGUAUAUGAUGAGAGACUUCAUAUCUAGAGUGCCCUAUAAUUGUAAUAAAGGGUAGCAAGUGUAGAAGUAUUUGUGGCAAGAAUUUGUAAUGUCCUAAAAUGUGUGCUUCUCUUGGACUGAUCUCAUUAGAUUGGUCUGAUUGUUUUGUUCUUAGUGCUACUUUGAGCUUAAGCUUUU